AUGGCCCCGAAACCCGCUUCUACUGCCGGCAAGGCUCCUGCCUCCACCUCCACCGCGUCUAAGGCGCCUGCCAAGACCACGGAGAAGAAGGCGGCGAAGAAGACCAGCAAGACGACCUCUGGCGACGGCGAGUCCAAGGACAAGAAGCGCCGUAAGGUCCGCAAGGAGACUUACUCGUCCUACAUCUACAAGGUGCUCAAGCAGGUGCAUCCUGAUACCGGUAUCUCCAACAAGGCGAUGGCUAUCCUCAACUCCUUCGUCAACGACAUCUUCGAGCGCAUCGCAACCGAGGCAUCCAAGCUCGCUGCGUACUCGAAGAAGUCGACCAUCUCAUCGCGUGAGAUCCAGACUUCGGUCCGCCUCAUCCUCCCCGGUGAACUCGCGAAGCACGCCAUCUCUGAGGGCACCAAGUCUGUAACCAAAUUCUCGAGCGCUGCCUCGAAGCCAUGA